AUGAUUGAUCUUGGAAAACUUGUGGAAGUCAAUGUACGAAUGUUUCAAGAGGAUAUCACCUCUCUUUUUUCAAAGCGUUUUAAAACACCAAAGAACGUGAACAAAUUUAUAGAGAGAGCAAAUAUAAACAUGAACGAAAACAAAAUUUCCUUCACUUCAAUUGGGAUUGUUUUUGCACUCCUCUUUUCUGCGUUACUCGAACCAAAAAACAUCUGGAGCAUUGUUUUCUUUGUUCUUGUUAUUGUGGCUCACCUUGUCAUUAAAGAAGUAAACGACGAGAUUAACACUAAAAUAUGGCUGAAUGGGUUAUUCAUCUUUUUGUACUGCGCAACGUUUUACUUCCUUGUUGCAACAAUUAGCGGAAUUGUGCCAUUCGCUUUUGUAUGUUUGGUCGUCGCAUUUGUUGUUGAUUAUCUCUUGGCCGGUUUCCUUGCUCAGAAAAAGGAAAAGAGCAACAACAAGAAGGAUAAAAAGGAUAAGAAAAACAAAGAAAAGACAGAGCUUUCUGUCUUUUAA